AAACAAAAGUUUUCUAUAUUUCCAUACAAAAGAUUUGUAACAAUACUUAAAAGUCAAUUUGAACUUUAACAACACACCUUACAAUCGAAAAUUAUUGGAAGAAGCUUAUAGUGCUAUAUUUGAUGCCGGUUUGUAUGUGUUUUAUAUAACUCACUAGCUUUUCACAUAAAAAAUGCUGAUAUGCUUCUCUCUUCUAAACUUCUAAAACUUUUAUAGAUAUAGAGAAAGAAAUUUGGUCGAAAACCAUAGUAAUAGUAAUAAUAAGUAAAUUUUUUAUUUCUUUAAAUUACUUCCAUAAUAUUGGCAGUUUCGAUUUCAUCGUUUUUCUUAAUAGAUUAAAGUUGAGACACAUUUAAGGCCACUAUUGAUCAUUUUGAAGUCCCAAUAUUUUAUGAAAAUUUUAUGAGAGUGGUUGAUUUUUGUUGGUUUGAAGAUAUUUAUUGCAAAAUAAUUUAAAUAUAGACCAAUUUUAUUUAUUUUGGUUUAAAAAUGUUUGUGUAUCAACAUAUAACAAAGCUUGAAAAUUUUAAUUUCAUCCAAAUACUGAAACAGUGAAAAAUAUCGCAAUAAUCAUUUCCUUUUACUAUUUAUGUAUAUAAGAUUAAAUUUGCAUGUUAUUUCCAAAAUCCGACAAUGUUGUUCAGUUCAUGGAAAAUCUAUAUAACCAUGUGGAUAUGGUGGGGCCCAAUAGUCCCAAAAUGUCGUUGGGACAUCCUGACAUGCCUAUGUUUAUGGGCAAAAUCGAUGAAUAUGAUAAGUUUGACAGUCAAUUUUUUAAAGUGCCGUACCUCCAAUCAAAAUUCAUGGAACCUUACAAUCGAAAAUUAUUGGAAGAAGCUUAUAGUGCUAUAUUUGAUGCCGGUGUAAACCCUCUAUCUAUGUCUGGGGAAAGAAUUGGCGUGUUUAUUGGUUCCUCGUUUGCCGAUCAGAGCAUGGUAAAUUUAUUUGUUACGUCCCCAAAUUCUCCGUAUUUGAUAACAGGGUGCAGUAAGGCAAUGUUAGCAAAUCGCAUAUCGUACUGGAUCAAUAGCAAAGCUGCAUCUUAUGUCAUAGACCAAAACAACGCAAGUUCCACUGUAUGUUUAAAGCAUGCUUACUGGGCCAUCAAGAGUGGAAUAUGCGACGCUGCUAUUGUUGGAGGCUGUAAUCAGUGCUUAAGGCCCAUAUUAUCAGUUAACUUGAAGAGAGCCGGUCUCCUUACAUUGGAUGGGAAAACUAAAUGUUUUGACAAGAACGGAGAUGGGUACGUCAGGUCUGAAGCUUGUGGAACGAUCUUCCUACAAAAAGCCAAGGACGCUAAGAGGAUAUACUGUGAAGUAUACUACGUGAAAGAGAAAUUCUUUGCGAGCCCCAGUGGAGAUCUUUCAAUCGUAUAUAAGUCAGAAGAUUUGGAAAAAUUCUUACACGAGUUCUACAAUGACAUAGAUGUAUCCCCUGAUAUGGUGGAAUACAUAGAAGCUAAUGCAAUAGGUAUUGCAGAAGCUGACAGAAAUGAACUUCAAGCAAUUUCUAAUUUCUUUGCCAAAAAUAAAAACGUAAAAGUAGGAUCUGUAAAUUCGAACAUGGGACAUGGAGAAGCAGCUUCGGGACUAUGUUCUUUGAUUAAAAUUUGCUUAGCUUAUCAUACUGGGAAGCUGCCAGCAAAUCUCCACUACUAUGAGCCUCAGGAUAAUAUACCCGCGAUAAAAGACGGUCGCAUCCAGGUAGUGGUUGACAACCUUCCAUUCAAAAGAGGAUUCGUCGCCCUUAAUUCUUUUAGCUAUGGAGGUGUUAAUGUGCAUGUUCUUUUAAAAAGCUUUUACAAAGCAAAGGACACAGGAAAAUAUCGAAGCUCGAUACCUCGACUUGUACUUGCUUCUGCAAGAAGUGAAAGCGGCGUAAAUAAAAUAACGGAUUACUUAAAGAAUAAACCUAUAGAUCCAGAAGAGAUUGCACUCUUGCAUAAUUUCUACAGUUAUGAUGUAUCUAAUCAUACAGCAAGAGGCUAUGUCGUCCUCAAUACCAACAAGAAUAACGAAACUGUAGCAUCAUCAAUAAGUACUCAACUUUACAAUGGCGUGAAAAGACCAGUAUGGUUUAUAUACAGCGGAAUGGGCUCGCAGUGGCUCACUAUGGGAGCUUCAUUAAUGAGAAUACCAGUAUUUGCGGCCGCCAUUGAGAGGUGCCGCGCAGUUUUGGAACCAAGAGGCGUAGACAUCAUCAGAAUUUUGACUAAACGAGACAAAUCCAUUUUUGAUAAUAUUCUUAAUUCAUUUGUUGGCAUUAGUGCUAUGCAAAUUGGCCUCACUGACGUAUUAAAAACGUUGGAGAUUAUUCCAGACAAUUUGAUUGGUCACAGUCUUGGUGAGCUAGGAUGUGCUUAUGCAGAUGGUUGUCUUACAGCUGAGGAAAUGAUUCUCGCUAGCUAUUACCGCGGGUUAGUCAGCAUUGAAGCAGAAUUACCUAAAGGAGCCAUGGCAGCUGUUGGACUUGGAUAUAAAAAUGUCUGCCACAUAUGUCCGCCAGAAAUAGACGUUGCGUGUCACAACAGUUCAGAAUCAUGCACGAUAUCAGGCCCUUAUGAAGACGUUAAAAAAUUUAUUGCUCAGUUGAAUAGUCGCGGUAUUUUUGCUAAAGAAGUGUACACUUGGAACAUCGCCUACCACUCAAGAUACAUUGCGCAAUUAGGUGACAAGCUUCUUGUAAAAAUGAAGGAAAUCCUUACAACUCCUAAAUUAAGGAGCAAAAAGUGGCUAGCCACAUCCGUGCCACCAGAAAAUUGGCACAAGCCCGAAACACAAUAUUGUUCAGCAGAAUAUUUUACAAAUAACUUAUUGAGUUUUGUCUACUUUGAAGAAGUGGCCACAAGGAUACCACUUGAGGCAAUAGUUAUUGAAAUUGCUCCGCAUGGUUUAAUGCAAGCUAUUUUAAGACGUUCGCACGAGUAUUGCAUACAUGUGCCAUUAACUAGACGAAACCACGAUGAUAUCCCUGAUUUCCUUUUAAAUGCUAUUGGCAAAUUAUAUCAAUCUGGUUUAAAUCCGAAAAUAGAAGCACUGUACCCCAAGGUUACGUUCCCCGUGUCAACUGAAACGCCCAUACUGUCUCAUCUCGUAGAAUGGGAACAUCAGGAAAACUGGUUACUAAGAGAGAGAAUGAGUGAAGAUCUAAAACCAACGUCAUCACGCGAGAUCUUCUUGUCCGUCCAUGAAGAUAAAUGGAGUUUUAUAAAGGAACAUGUCAGAGACGGUAUCGCAGCGGUGCCCGAAGCUGCGAUCUUGUUUCUGGUAUGGGAAUCAUUAGGAUUAUCCCAAGGCAUCAAUUACAAAAACCUUUCUGUGUGCUUCACUAACGUUAAGUUCAAAAGUGCAAUAAACGCAGUAAUGGAAGAUGCUUUAAGAAUAAACAUCAACAUAUUGAAAGGAUCUGGCAAAUUUGAGGUUACAUGGAAAGAUGUGAUAAUUUCUACUGGUUACAUACAUGCCUCUAAAGUAGAGUUGUUGCAUGAUUACGUAAAUAUAUUAGAAACGGAAGAAUGCGAUAAGAAACUAAACUCUAACGAUGUGUAUACAAUAAUGAAUUUAAGAGGACAUUCUUACGGGUUGAAAAUGCAAACUAUAGAUUGGUGUAAUUUAAAGCGUAAUAAAGCCCAAGUAAAAUGGAAUGGUGAAUGGAUUGUAUUUCUUGACGCGCUUUUGCAAUUGGGUGCAUUAUCGACUGAUUAUACCGAUGUUGCAAUACCUGUAUAUAUAAACAAAUUGUUUAUAGAUACAGCUAAACAUAAAGAAUCUGAUGAUGGAAAAUAUAAUGUAGCAGUUAUGGGAAAUGAUGAAAAAAUAAUCCGAAGCGACAACAUCGAAAUACAUAAUAUCGUAUUUCAACGAAAACCUAUGAUGAAAGGCGACGAUAUAGUGCCACAAAAUUUGGUAAUAAAAAAAACGAAUGAUCCCAUAUACUCAAAUCAAGAAAAUGAUUAUGCUGAAGAAAUGAAAUUAACAAGUAUGGGAUAUGGAGAUUUUGAUAAAUUAUAUUGGACGACAUUUAAAGACACGAAGAGUGAUACAUCAUUGGAGGUUUUCUACGCUGGAAUAUCGAUAAGAGACUGGUACAAGAUAAUGGGAAGUAAACCUGAAUGCGACUCGUUUGGAAUGUAUUACAGCGGUAUCAAUAAAAGGAAUGAAAGAGUGAUGGGUGUUGUUAGUAGUGGUGCCAUGGCGACUUCAGUGGAACCCGACUCGGACUUGUUGUGGCCGGUGCCUGAAGACUGGAGCUUGGAAGAUGCCGCUACAGUUCCGAUGCCGUAUCUUUUAGCCUACUAUGUUUUGACUAUAAGAAUCAAGAUCCAGAAACACCACAGUAUUUUGAUAAUGGAUGGUGCCACGCCCAUUGGUCAAGCAUUCAUAUCUAUAUGUCUUGAUUUAGGUUGCAAUGUAUUCACAGCCGUUUCCAAUUUUGAAAAGAAAAAACUCUUGCUAGAAAUUUUUCCAAAUUUGAAAGAAAACAAUACAAUUGACUACAGUACAACAGAGAUCAAACCAGUAAUAUCAGCCAAUAAUACGAAAUCAUCAUGUAAUAUUCUAGCUAAAUGUGGUUAUGGUGUGCCGUUGGAGACCGAGAUUCGGUGCAUAGAUGAAUGCGGUAUUUUAUUACAUUUCAUUGAAGAUCCGAAAAGUAUAGAAUUUGGAAUGGAUGUCUUAAAUCUUAGCAGAAGUCUGUGUUUAGUCCAUCUACCUAAUGUAUUUAAACCUGAUCAUUUGCACGAGAGGAAACUUCUACAGCGCGUAAUCGGCGAAGGCAUUGCUAGAGGCGUGGUGAGACCAUUGCAACAUGUGGUCUUUCGCCCUCCAGAUGUCAGCAAAGCGUUUCAGCUAUUCUCCUCAGAUAAGUUUAUCGGCCAAGUACUGGUUGAUAUGAAAACAAUACAAAAACACCAUCUCUGUGCUUUGCCAAGAAUAACUGCACAUCCAAAAGAGAUACACAUAAUAAUCAAUGAUGCAAGUGAUUUAGGAUUACUUAUUGUUGACAAACUUGUUAAUCGAGGAGCAAGAAAUUUAGUUCUGCAUUGCACGACACAGUCUGGAUAUUUACAGUAUAAAUUGGAUUCAUGGGAAAACUCUGGCGUAUUUGUAACACUAUGUUCAGACGAACUUCUGGAUAAGAAUUCUUGUAUCACGUUUAUUGAAAAAUCAAAAACCAAAGGGCCAGUUCACAGUAUAUUUGUAGUAGAAACUAUGAAACCAAACUAUACAGAGUUUUAUAAAAUAGACAAAAAGAUAUUAAGGGAAUCUGACAUAUUACAAGCAUCUAUUGUUGAUAACCUCGAUGAAGUAUCAAGUGAAUUAUGUCCUGGACUAAGGUCGUUUGUGGUCAUUGCUCUAACACCAGUUGACAAGAAUGAUCGUAUUUUAUUCGAACGUCAAAAAACUUGUCAACUUCGAAGACAAAGGGGCCUGCCAUCAAUCGUCUUCCAAAUUGAACUUUCCAAUCAGCAAACAGACAAUAUUGAAAAAUUGUUAAUAAAUACAAGUGCUCAACAACUAUCAUCGAUGGUCAAGUCUUUAGAAUUGGCAAUGGAAUACGGAAGAGAUGAUAUAUUUAAAACUAAUAACGAGCAGCCAUUCGUAAAUUUCAAGAAAAAAUUAACGAAAAUUUUAGGAAUAAAAAAUGAUGAUGAAUAUGUUAGUAACAAGACUUUGAAAGACUUGGGUAUAACAACCUUACUACUCAAAGAAAUAAACAUUCUUAUAAACACCGUAUACGGAUUUAACUACGCUCCCGAACAAUUACAAAAUAAAACAGUUCAGAGUUUAUUAAAGAUAGAUGAUGGAUAUGAGACAGAAGUGAAAACUGGUCUGAAUGCACUAUUCUCGUAUAUAGACGAUGAUGAGUACAGAGCGAGUGAUGCUAUUGUGGUCAUGCCUACAGAUCAAAUGACAUUCAAAGAGAAAAUAGAAAUCGAUUCUACACGCACUUAUCUUUGGAUGGUGCCAGGUUUGGAAGGGCACCAUGAGGUGUUCACAUCGUUGUGCAGUGCAGUUAAUAUCCAGACCGUGACGUUGCAGAUAGGAUUAGAAAUCCAGGAAGACUGUAUACCUCAAAUGGCGGCUCGCAUUAUGAAAAAUCUCAAGCAAACGUUCAAUCUCAAAACCAAGUUCUAUUUAUUGGGUUACUCUUUUGGUGUCAACUUAGCUUUAGAAUUGGCAUCAUUAAUAGAAAAAGAAGGUCAUACGGGAGUCGUUUUCUGUUUAGACAGCAGUCCAGAUGCAUUGAAGGUACAAAUGGAUGAAUAUAUAGGCGAGAUUAACGAAGAAGAUCUGCAAAAUGUAAUCAUAGAACAUAUGUAUUGUGUCUUUAGUGGGAGAAAUAAAGACGAUAUCAGCACAGAAAUAUCGAACAUAGACGACUGGACCGCAAAAAUAGCAUUUUGUAUUAAAAAACUUAAAUGUUUUGUCAACCAUUCACAUGAGUACAUGAAAUGUAUAAUACAAUGCUUUUACAACAAAAUAAUAGCCGGCCGAGAAUACAAGCCUAACUACAAACUACAAUCACAGUUAGUGCUUCUGAAAGGGUCGCUGAUCAAUAGAACAGCGCUUGCAGAAGACUACGGCUUAAGCAAGUACAGCGUGCAGCCGGUGCGAGUGUUUAACAUAGAGAAAGAUAUCGUGUCCAUUCCACAUGACUACAAGGUAGCUAGCAUCAUCAACAAAAUGCUGGAAUCACAUAUCUUGGAAGAGUCAGAGAAAUAGUUAUAAUUUUUGACCGUUAAUGUCACACAUCAUAAUUUAAAUUAUAUUUAAGGCCACUAUUUAAAGUCUACUAUUUCGAAACUGAGACAAUAAAAUAUUUUAUGAAGUUUGC